AUGGUGUUCAACAACCCAUCUCUUGACUGGUCAUCUCCGUCAGACCAUGUCGAGCUCUUCAGAAGAGGCAUGAGUAUCACCAAAGGCGAGUGGCAGGAGCAGCGAGACGCCGUUCCAAUGGAUCUGCGGUAUUCAAGCGACCACGACAUUUUGUCGAACCAAGGGUUCUUGAACAUGGUCUACCAGAUCCUCAACCUACGGCCUGGUUCAGGUCAUUUCACUGCGCCUGUUUGCAGUACAUGGGUGUUUUUGCGCUUGUGUUGGAAGCUUCGAAAACUUAACGCUCCCAGGUCGAGAGGCUCCACAGGCCGCAGCGAGAGUUCACCUCUCGGAUGGGACUAUGACAGCGUGCUCCUAUUGGCACAAAGAAAGAAAAUAUGGUGGAUUCUUGAACAGCCCAUCAAUUCGCUGAUGGAGAGGCACCCUUUGUUUGUCGCCCUCAUGCGUCUCAUGCCCAUCCGGAGGAUGCCUACGGCAAUGUCUUGGUUUGGAGGUGCCACCCGCAAACCAACUUGGCUUUACAGCAGCCAUGCCGAGAUCGACCGGGUGAAUGACUAUGCAGACAGGACCUUGCAAGGGGACAACACCACCCGGGAGAUGGUUGUACCUUAUCAGGACCGUCGAGGCCGCCGCCGCAUCAAAGGCGGCCGCGAUCUCAAAAACUCUCAGGCAUACCCGAA